CUUUCAGCUUUGUACUCAAAAUUAUUUUCAACAUUUUCAAAAUGUUUAGAUUUCUUUUCUUCUGCAAUGUAAAUCUAUAGACACCCCUUCCACUCACCGAGGAACAGAAUAUGGCAGAAUCAAGAAGAUCUGGAAGGGCCAGGAAAACUGUAGAUUACUCACAAUUUGGGGGAGCAGAAGAAAACAGCGAUGAUGACUUUGCGGAUGCUACUCCAACACCACCUCCCAUGAAGAAAUCUAAACUGUCAACCAAAGACAAGAAGAAGAAGAAGAAGAAAGAGAAGAGAGAAAGUCCAAAGAAAACAAAAAGACCUGCAUUAGAUGACAAACUGUAUGAGCGAGACCUCCAAGCUGCGUUAGAGUUGUCCAAAUCACAGUCAGAAUCUCAAGACACCGAACAUGUAGAGUCUGAGGGUACAGAUACAACAGAACCAGUAGAUGCUGACAAGAUUGAAGUUAUACAGGAAGGUAUUCCUGUUAGUGAAUCAGAUACAGAGACUCCAGGACACAGGUCAAGACGGCCUCAUAAAAAGGCAAAGUUCAUUGAUGACAGUGAUGAUGAAUUUAAGGCAGAGUCUGAUCUAGACCAAAAUACUGUAUCUGAAGAUGACUCUGAUGAUAGUUUUAGUUCUGACUCUGAUGAUGAUUUUGGAUCUAGAAAACAUAAAAAAUCGAAAAGAGGUAGAAAGAAAGUGAAAAAACCCACAGCAGUUUCUCCAUCAAAACCCAAGCCCAGACUUAAUGCAACAAUAACAUCUAUCAAUACACACAAAGGUGGUUUGACCCCAAAAGGUCGUGGAGGUCGAGGUAUAACAUCUAGAAGUAGCACAGCCAUAGACACAAGCAGUCCACAUGUUACACCAAGUCGAACCAGCUCUGGAGCACUGUUCAUCAGGAAACCAAACUGGGCACCACCAGGACCAGCAGGCUCUAAGAGUGAUGAUGCACUUAAAUCUCCCAGUACUGGAAUACGUAUAGGACUCUCUAAACAUAUACGUUUAAAACCCCUGCAUGCCAAUGUUAAAGUACCAAGGUAGCACGAACAUCUAUUACCAUGGAGGUUGACUUCUCUGUAUGUAAUUGUGGAUGUCUGGCUGUCAAUUAAUUAAACAUCCUGGGGGCUUCUGCCACAUUUUGUGUUGAGUUUGGGAUAAAAAAUGAUUAACAGAUCUUUAUAUACCAUAUGCCACAAGAAAAUAAGACCCAAAAGUGGAUUUUUGGUUCACAUGGUGAUCCUAUGGAAUUGCCCAUUUGCUCAUUUGUUUGUUCCUCUUUCUAUCUACAAUCUUUAGACAAAUAAAAAUUCCCAUUCAAAUGAGCCAGAAGCAACAUUUGACUCUACCAAAUGGUGCCGUUUUAGAAUUUUUGGCACCGAUUACGACAUAUUUGGGGUCUCAUUCAUUUGGGUCUUAUUCUUCAAAAUAGGUGUCAAUUUUUAGAAAAUCAAUAUUUUGUAAAACAAAUAAAAAACUGAACUGAAAUAUGGCCCUAAUUUUGUCAAUGCAACAUUUUAGCCCCCUUGUCAAUUCCAGGUCUGCUCGACUGUACCUUCUCUGUGAUAUGAUAUAUUUUCAUAUUGUAACAUACAUGAGUCACCAUCCUGCGCGUAUAACACACGGGUAAAAAAUAUAAUUAUUGAAUGAAGCCUCUAUUCUUAAAAUGGUCCAAAUAAUUAGCAGAUGGUAAACUGUAAAUAAAUGUAAAUAAAUGUAUUAUUUGUUAAGUGUAAAUAAAUAUAUCAUAAUCAUAUUGUGACAUCUACAAUAAAUAGAUCUAAAUGAUAGGUACUGUGCCACUGUAUGGAAUAUAUGCAAAUAAAACAUUGAAAUACAAUACAUGUAAAUGCAAUUCAAAAUUCCAAUUCAGGUUUAAACCUGCAUUUAAAAACAGUUCCCUGUUGUAAAUGUAAUGUUUUUUUUAUUAUAUUUAAGAGUUCUCCCCAUAUACUAUUUACAUUGAUUUUACAAGUUUUUGAAUUUAAGAGUUGGUAUCUUAUUUGGGGUCAUCUCAAAAGUUUGGCAUUAAAUUCUACACACUUGUUUUUAAUGAGAGACUUAAACCACCCAACAAUACUUGUAAAGGAACCUGAAUUUUUGUGAAUAUUUUGUCAGUGUUUUUUUUGAAAAUGUGUAUAUUUUAGUGGGAAAUUUUCAAGACUGGCUAAGAUUCCAAUUUUAGUUUUAUGUAUAUUUAUUAUUUACAUAUUUCAUGGUACACAGAAGAAUAUUGACUCAUUCAAGGAGCUGGUAUAAUUUGAUCCUUUUACAGAACUUAAGUAGAAGACUGUUCAGAUUUGGAGAUAUCUUAACUAGAGGUGUCAUGGAUACCCGAUUUUGUUCCGAUCCGCGGAAUUAUGCCCUCGGAACGGAACAUGGAACAAAAAUUAAGAAUUUUGGUU